GUUUUGGAAUAAACCCCAGCACAAAGCUCCAUCAAUGGCGUCCGCGCACGAUGGGGGCUUCGGCGGCGCGAGCUCAAGGAGGAAGCCAUUGGGGCUGAUGGCGAACGCGAUGAAGAGGAAGGAGAGCUUUGUUCAGUUCUUCCUCAUGACUGGGAUCCUCAUGCUGAGUUUGCGUUCGCUGGGGCAGAAGUACCGCAUCCACGAGCUCACCAAUGAUAACUCCAGCCUACGGGACGAGCGUGACUCCCUCUCCCUCCGCAUGGCCUCCGUCAAGGACGCGCUCCUCCGCGAGGCCUCCCUUGACCCCUCCGGCCUCCUUUCGUCCCAUCUCCGCCGCCUCUUUGCCGAGGAUGACAACAACUAGAGAUAUUCAAAAGAUGGAGAACAAUGUGUAGCUGUUUUCAAUGGAAGCAAUGAGAUUAAGUGGCAGUAUGAUGUUCAAUCUUUAGGUGUGGUUUUGUAGUUUUCUAAUUGUCAAUCAAACUAUAAUUUAAGUGUUAGAAUUGAGUGGAGUGAUUAGUGAAAUUGGAUUAAAUUUUGAUUGUUCAUUAGAUCAUUGUUAAACCUUGUUCUUUAUCUAAAUUUUCUAGUGAUUUUGUGUUUCUUUGUCACUAAGGUAUGUUCUUUGUCACUAAGACCAAUCUUAGCUUUCUACAAAUGGAAAUUGUACUUGGAUGUUAGAGGUUGUACCAUUUAUCACUUGCUUGGUUUAUUUAUCUUGUUAAAUAUUAUGCCUUUGGGAAUAUUAUUCCACAUUCAAACUUUUGGCUCAAUUUUAUCCUCUGUAGUUUGAUCAGGUUAUUGUUUGUUGUUCAGAACUUGAAUAGUGUACAUCUGGUAUCCUUUGAAUCAGUUGAUAUUUUAUUAGGGUAAAAACACCCAUUUUUUUGCCCCCGCGAGUAGUAUACUUAGGGUUAUGAACUUUAAUUGGUGUUGCUUGAAUUGAAUCUGAAUGCUAGACUAGGGCUUUAUUAUGGCAAGGUUGAAGUUCAAUCUAUAGGCUUGGUUAUACCUUGAUGGAUUUCAAUUUAAUUAGGAGGACAUAUUUCACAAUUUUGAACUUUGAGGACCUAAUUAUCAACCAUAAAGGAACAAAUCAUACUAGCUGAUCAUGCGAGUUAUCUUAUGAAACACCUCAAAAAUUUUGAAAAUCUUAUUAAACAUAAUACCCAACUGUUUACCGGGGCUAGUACACCCUUUUGAUUGAAGAAAUAGUGGUUUGCAUGAAGUCAUCUUUGGAGAUAGUAUCUGAGAGUUAAUCAACCCAUUGAGAAUCUUCGAUUUUUUUUCAUUUGGAUCUGGUGUGCUUUAUAGAUGAAUUUGUUAAAAUCUAGCAUGCAUAAUUUCUUCUGAAGUAUAUGUCUCAAUGCAUUGACAGUAAAUGUAUUAAAAGAUAAUUGAUAACAUGGAGUUUUAUGGCGUAACCCUCCUCAAUCUUUGUUGAUAUGGAUUUCAAAGUUGUUUGCACUUGCAUUAGGGUUCAUCAUAUUAUUUAGCUAGCUAUGUCAUUUGGAUUAAAGUUUAUCAACUUUGAAGCCCUUCCAUUGAGCACCCUUUUCUCUCACUAGCCCCAUAGCGAACCAGUUGGCUAAGUGAUAUGUCUAUAUGUACAUCCUAUAUAAUGUUUUACUAUAAAGUUUUGAUAUGAUUACGAAAAAUGAGACCUAUGUACUUGACAAUGGAUGCUAAGAAAAGAAAAUGGGAGAGAGAACUGUGUUCUUGUUUAUACUCUCAAUGAAACAAACAUAUCAUAGAAAAUUUCCUUUAUUUUGUUUAUAUGAUUUUCUUCAAUGCUUCUCAUGACCUUUGUUUUCCUGCUA